AUGCCGCCGCUCGGGGCCACUCGCCGAGCGUACCGACACCUGCAGCCGCCGAAAGAACGUCUGCAGCGGCAGCUGCAGCAACUGCACACCUGCCUGCAACAUCACAGUCCCAUACGCCAGAACUCCCUGAACUCGUGUUUGCAGCUUCAGCAGCAGCAGCAGCAACGGAGCCCAAAUCCUCUUGCUAGUCCGCUUAGUGAGCCUCCUGCCUCAACCGCAGCCCACCCUGCCCUGUCCUCCCUGUCCUCGUCGUGUAAUAAAUGCGCCGUCCUCAGCUCCCAUGAAAACCUGCGGUCUGGUCAGGGCUGCCCCGCAAGUUUCGCUUGCGCCCGAGAUCACAAGCGUCGGCGAGAAAUCUUCAAUACGACUUCGAAAUCCUCUCGAUCCGUCGACGCUGGCGAAUGCCAUUGCCAACAGCAACAACAAUUGCAACACCACCUCCAUCAUCACCUGCUUCACCAAAAUCGUGGCAUGCCGGGAGCCAGAGGCGACUCGGCGACAAGCGUAGACCACUUGCUCUUCAACACAGCAGCGUGCAACAGGAACCUCAGCGAGUUGAGUUCACUGUGCAACCAACAGAAUCCCGCCGUUCGAGGCGGAGGGAACAGCCGGAGUCACGGUUGCCUCGACGAAGUCUUGUCCGCGUCCCAUCUGGCGUUGGGACCGACGCAGUGGGAGUCUUGGGCUCCCUUCCGACAUCCUCACCGCUCGUCGCUGAGCUCCGUGGCUCCGCUAGUCACACUUCAACCAGUGCCUAUGGAAAACGACAACGAAUCGACACAUCAGCAACAUCAACAACAUGUAACAUCAUCGACAGCACCCCCAACUGCAUCGUCAACAGCAAUCACGACGACGCCGACGACAUCGACAAAUAAUCAAACCGCAACAGAUUUAGCAGCCCAGAGUCUGCAAAGCCGGACCGAUUCCAUCGAGGACACGAAGCUCAUCACGACAACUUUGACACCUUCAAGUGCAGAUCCACUUAACACUUCGAACAACAUCGCUAACAAUUUCAACCAGUGUGCCAGUAAUCAUCCCGAUAACUCAACGGACACCGCGACACCGCCCACAGGCGAUUCGUCAUCAAGCACGACAGCAAUGAGCUCACUCGCAGCCAACAACAACACUUCCACCUCUCACAGGAACACUGUACGAUUCAGACGAGCGGAGCUCCUCGAGACCCUCAUCGAUUUCGACAUCACCGAAUCUUGGACCUACAUGGAUUAUCUAAUAUAA